AUGAUCAAUCAACUCAAAUACUUCUUGGCAACCGCACCCAGCGAAUGGAACGUGCCUAGCGACGAGCCACCGAUCAAGAAACACCUACUGCCCAUCGGCGACUACAUUUCAUGCGUGCAAUGGAACAACUCAUAUUUCAUCUCGGGCACAGACAUUGUCCGCAGCCUGGUGUUUCGGUUCCAUGCCUUUGGACGGCCCAUUCAAAACCUGAAAAAGUUUGAAGAAGGCAUCUUUAGCGACUUGCGUAACCUCAAACCCGGCGCCGACGCCACACUCGAAGAGCCCAAAUCGAGCUUUCUGGACCUCUUGUACAAACACAACUGCAUCCGCACGCAAAAGAAGCAAAAGGUGUUCAACUGGUUCUCGGUCCCUCACGAUCGCUUGUUCUUGGAUGCGCUUGAACGCGACCUCAAGCGGGAAAAGCUGGGUGUGGAGCCCACGUCGAUUGCCGUUGCUAAUCCUGCAGUGUCCAUCUCGCUCGAUACCACCCAGGCC